AUGCAAACUCCUCUCAAUGGAGGAGGCAGUGACAAUCAAAACACUCCGGAAGCGGCCGUCUCUGCGGCCAACGCAACUGCUAACGCCGCGACGGUCGAGGAGUUCAAAAAUAUGUUCUCCGCCUACGAAAAGAGGUCGGAAGAACAGGAAAAACUCGUGGAUACCUUGACGAAAAAGGCCCAAACCUUAACGGCUAGGACCCAUGCAGUCCUCCCCCGCCAAGAACAUCGCGGCAAACGUCCUUCUGGACAGAACCCCAGCGAAACAUCCCCUGCCGAGAAACGGAACUCUGAAAGUCCUCUACCUCCUGCAAAGGACACAGAGGUCGAUGAAGUCGAGAAUGUCGACUUGGAUCCCAGCGACGUCUCCAACGAUACCGAGGAGGACGCUGAAAGACAUCUGAGAAGAACCAGAAGCCGAUCGGCUCAGGAAGGCUCCCCGUUCGAUAAACCAUUGACGGAAGAGGAGGAAAACCUCUACUGGAUCGAACAGGAGGAGUUGGCUGAGAAACAGGCCGAGAUUACUCGUAGCAAACGCCGACAAGCUCGGAAAUAUUCUGGUGAGAAAUCGGACAUACGCGACCUUCACGACUACAUAACCAAAACUGCAGCGGAAGUAAGGGCCGUGAAAUCCCAGAUCCAUCAUGCUACCAGCGCUGCCCCAGAGAUCGACACACUACUCGAGGGGGCUCGGAAGACACCCUUCACUGCUCGCAUCUCUGAUACGAGGGUAUCUGACCCAGGGAAAAUCAAAGUACCAAAGUUUGAUGGUACGACUGAUCCUAAAGCACACCUUCAGGCUUUCCACAUCACGAUGGGAAGGGCCAGACUGAAGGAUAGCGAAAAGGACGCCGGCUACUGCAGUCUGUUCGUCAAAAAUCUGGAAGGAGCGGCGCUCGAAUGGUUCGCACGCCUUAUGCGAAACUCCAUCAGAAGUUUCCGACAACUCGAGUCAGAAUUUCUCAAUCAAUACUCUAUGUUCAUAGAUAGAGAAACAUCCGAUGUCGACCUCUAG